GGCGCACCAUGUCUAGACCUGUAUACGUUCUACGUGUUGGAGACCCAAUUCGCAAUCCCUUGUGGUCUACAUAGUACCUGUAGAGGUCCAGACACAAACAAACGACCCGAUUCGCCGUAACAUCAAGCGGGGCAAGAUUUGAGAUUCAUCUAGGGCGAGUUUAAGGAAGGAGAUACUUGGCGACUUGCUAUAUAAACUCGAGACCUGGACGACACUGAGUUCUGCUACCUCUUUAUCGAUCAUCUUUAUCACUUCUUGGUUCCUUAUGCAACAUGAUGGCCAAACGACUACUACAUCUACUCCCUUUCGUCCAUGCCACGCCUGCCUACGCCACGCCUGGGCAGAAUGAAGAGAGUGACGUCGCAUCUCCACGAUGCGACUCAUCAGCAUUCUCCAAACCAGAUUUGGGUUCUCAUAUAGAGAUUCUCUCUUUCUCGGCAGUUCAUCAAAGUAAUUACACCAGCGUGAGAGGAAGUCCUAUACUGCCCGCUCUGAACGAGUUGAGUUUCUGCCAGGUCCAGGUUUACCUCACUCACAAAGGCACCAACGACAAGGUCCUCGUCGAGGUAUGGCUUCCUUCCACUCAUGACAACUGGAAUGGUCGCUUCCAGGCAACUGGAGGCGCAGGCUUUGCAACUGGCAUGUUCAGUGCCCAACUCGGUGUAGCUGUGCAAAACGGCUGGGCAGCUGUGUCGACGGAUGGCGGACACGAUCCAGACCUCGCCAAAACAGGCGAUGCUUCGUGGGCGUUGAACGAGGAUCGCAGCAUAGAUUGGAACCUAUUCAACAAUUUUGCUACGAGAAGCGUUGUCGAGCAGAUCGCAGUGGGCAAGAACAUCACGGAACAAUACUUCGGCAAGAAACCUCACCAUUCGUACUGGAAUGGGUGUUCGACUGGAGGUCGACAAGGCUAUGCUAUUGCGCAAAGAUACCCGCACCUGGUUGAUGGCAUCCUUGCAAAUGCGCCUGCAAUCAGCUUCGCACAUUUUGUUACGGGAGAAUUCCACCCACAGAUCACGAUGAAGCUUCUAGACACUUACAUGUCGAAAUGCGAGCUUGAGUAUUUCAGAUGGCAGGCGAUCGAGCGCUGCGACAUGCUAGACGGCGUACGUGAUGGAAUGCUCGAGGACCCGGAAGCAUGCGACUUCGAUCCCAACGGGCUUGUGGGUGACACGAUCGAGUGCGAUGGAGCGGAAGUGCAGAUUACCAAAUCGAUGGCGCAACUCGUUAUCGAAAUUCAAAAAGGCUUCCCGGCCUCCGGGCCUCGUGUAUGGCAGGGCCUUGCACCUGGAGUUCCCAUGGACGCACUCGCGGGCAUCAGUGUAUCAAGCGAGGGCGUUCGCUCGCAGCGGCCCUUUCCUAUCAGUUCUAGUUGGCUCAAGAACUUUCUUCUCCGGGAUGAAUCAUUCAACCUUUCCAGUCUGGAGAUGCCUCAAUUCGUUGAACUAUUUGCGCAAGCUAGCUAUGAGUAUGGUGCUAUCUUAAACGCCGACAACCCCGACUUGUCGGCUUUACAAAUGUCAGAUACGAAGCUCCUUACGUGGCAUGGUCUGAACGACCAGUUGAUACCAUUUCAAAACACCGUAGCUUACCGAAAACGAGUUGAAGGGGCAAUGGGAGGAGCGCAAGCAGUUGACGAUUACUACCGCCUCUUUCUGGUCCCUGGUGUUCAGCAUUGUGGGGGAGGUGAUGGACCCGUUCCAACAGACCCCUUGGCUGCCCUUAUCACAUGGGUGGAGGAUGGCCAACCACCAGAAACACUGGACGCGGAGACCACAACUGAGUAUGGAGAAACGAUCACAAGAGAGCUGUGCGCUUGGCCAGCGAAGUCUAAAUACAUGGGCAUUGGAGAUGCGAAGCGGGCUUCGAGUUGGAGCUGUGAGGGGGGAACCGAGAGGCUUGAAGAUCUUGAUCUUGAUAAGCGGGAUGAGCAGGUACAAUUUUUGGGCAUGCAGAUGCAACCGCAGAAACCAGGAUACCGUUUGAGGAAGGACGACGACAACAACGACAACGUGGAGGAUGGCGGACGCACCGGACAGGUAUUGGCAGGGCUGAAAGAUCGAUUGGAGGGUCUCGACCUUGGUUUGAUGAUUGGUUAAGUACAGUUCAACCACAACUCGCCGGUCUCGGCCGAGCAACGCAAUCACAGCAAGAACAUGCGAUUUCGCAAAAAGUUAACAUCACUAUGAUACAAUCACACUGACCAAUUUGGUGGUUUGGGGUCGACUAUAGUUCUAACGAGUAACCCUAACAUAGGCU